AUGUUGAUUGCAGCCCCACUGUUCCUGUUCAGGUCAUGGGUUUACACAUUUAUCAGUGUGGUAACUGCUUUAUUGGUGCUAUUACCUAGUUCGGUGAUUAUAUAUUUACAUUUCCAAAGCACGUUGGUUCCGCAAUCAACACCGAUUAUGAAGUUGCAAUUUCAAUAUAUUGAUAAUUCGGGGCCCUUUUCCCUGUACAAUUUAUCAGAAUCUGCCAUAAGUCAGGUAAAACCAUGGGAAGAUGCAAACAAAAAUAUUUUUACACACAUCGAGCAAGUGUUAACUAUCCACAUGAAAUAUUUGAAACUGACCAAUGGGAAUGAGAUUGGUGGUAUUAGGUUGAGUGUAUUAAACAAUUCUGCAAUGCCAGAAUUCAAGAAAUCAACAUCCUUUGAUAAUAGAAAAGUCUGGCCUUUUAAAAGUAUCAAUGAAAAGAAUAACGAGCUAACCAUAUUUCGUGCAGACCGAAAGUAUAAGUCAUGGAAUGAAAUAAUUGGGAAAUCUUUUGCUAAAAAUGUACCAUUUCUAAGUUCCAUAGAUGAAAAUAUAAAUAAAAAAAUAAGUGGGCUAUUAGACUAUAUAAUGCCACGAUGGACAAUUCAAUUAUUGGUUCCUGAAGGUUUACAAUACUUGUUUUCUUGGAAUAACCUGAGAGAUGUGUUUACCAAACGAGAUGAUUUCAAAAGGGGCGAAUUUGAUUUUCAUAGUAGUAAUAACAUUAAUAAGAAUAAAUAUCUACAAACAUAUGACUUGAUGGAAACCUUUGGAGAAUUUGAUAACUUCAACAUACAUACGUUCUCAACCGGCUUUAUCUUAUUUGAGGGACAGCUGAAAUACCAAGACAUCAAUGAUACGAGCUUAUUAGUUGAGUUGGACACUGACGAUGUAUUUGUUGUCAAUGCUUAUGCUAAGUUAGAAUAUGUUUUAAAGGGAAUAAGAUGGUGGGUCUACUGGUGGCCAGGAAUGUGUUUCCUUUUUGGAGUGGGGUUUAUCUGGGCUGUAUCUCUUUCUACAUGUUUAUCAGUUAGUUGGGGUGGCUAUAUUUUGUGGAACAUUUUUAUGAAAAUGUUUGACUCAACGCAAAAGUCCUCAAGCAGAUAUAUAAGGGAUUGA